AUGUCUUCCAAGGUUUACGUCGGGAACAUAUCAUGGAACACGACCGAUGAAACGCUUCGCGCAAUUUUCGCUGAGUAUGGAAAUGUCCUCGACGCGCUCGUUAUGAAGGAUCGAGACACUGGGAGAUCUCGAGGAUACGCAUUUGUUACCCUUUCUUCCGAUGAAGAGGCGGAUGCGGCUAUAAACGCGUUGAACGGACAGGAGCUUGAUGGCAGAACAAUCAAAGUGAACAAGUCUCAGCCCAAAAGCUCAGGCGGAGGGUUCGGAGGCGGAGGCGGAGGAUACGGUGGGGGGUACAGUGGAGGAGGAGGAUACCAAGGAGGAUAUUGA